AUGGGAUCCAUCUCAGAAGCUCCAAGCUUCCAACAGAAGCGGCAAACGACUUCAUUAUUCUCGAGCCUUCCAUCAACUCCACUCGACGAGCCCUUUUCCGUCAAUGGCGCGUAUAUCCAAGACAGCCAUCCGCACAAAGUCAACCUUGGAAUAGGGGUCUAUCGCACUGAAUAUGGGGCGCCAUGGCCUCUGAGGGUUGUGGAAGAUGCUGAAAAAGAGCUCUACGAUGCGAAGAAUGUCAGCAGACAUGAAUACCUUGCCAUCCAAGGCGAUCGUGAGUUCCUUCAACUCGCAGCUGACCUUGUAUUUGGAUUUGAAAAUGGCAAAUCUAGUGAUCCAGCCAUGGUAGAAGAUCAAAGAAAGCGGGUCGUCUCGGUACAGACUGUCUCCGGAACAGGAGCGAACAGACUCGGUGCAGAAUUGCUAGCUCGCAAUAUUCGACCAGGAUGUGUUUGGGUUCCAGAUCCCACAUGGGCUAAUCAUCAUACAAUCUGGGAACUUGCUGGGGUCGAAAGGAAAACCUAUCCAUACUACGAUAGUGUUUCUCAAUCUUUCAAUUUUGAAGGCACAAUUCGAACCUUGUCAGAGUCCGCACGUAAGAACGACAUUGUGAUUCUCCAUGCCUGCGCACACAAUCCCACUGGUGCGGACCCAAGCAAAGAGCAGUGGGAAGCGUUAGCCAAGUUGUGCAAUGCGAAAGGCCUGAUUCCCUUCUUUGAUCUUGCUUAUCAAGGCUUCGCGUCUGGAGAUGUCAAUAAGGACGCAUGGGCUAUACGCCGCUUCUUCAAUGAUACGCAUACGCCGGAGUUUUGUGUGGCUCAAUCAUUUUCUAAGAACUUUGGCUUAUAUGGACAAAGAGUGGGAGCUUUACAUGUUGUCACUCGUCCCGCAGUGCACGAGGUGACCGAGGAACUCCGGGCAAAUCUAUGUCAUCUGAUUCGUGGAGAGUAUUCCAUGGCACCAAGAGGCGGUGCGGAGAUAGUGCGAACUGUGUUGGCAGACGAGAGACUCCGUGAGAGAUGGUUUGAAGACCUCACCACGAUGAGCCAAAGAAUCCAGCGCAUGAGGCACACCCUAUACAACGAAAUGCUAAGACUGAAAACACCUGGGGACUGGAAGCACAUUGUGAGCCAGAUUGGUAUGUUCACAUAUAUCGGGCUAUCUGAGCCACAAGUCUCUGCGAUUCGGGAGAAAUAUCACAUUUACAUGUUGAAAUCCGGUCGAAUCUCAAUUUCUGGACUCAAUGAAGGUAACGUUGAAUACGUCGCUCAGGCGAUCGAAGACGUCGUUCGUACCAUAAAGUAAAGGCCAUCAUUUGGACCUUCAUUAUUGGUCGCAAAGCUCAUACACUGGUGCAAGAAUUGCCUUGAUGGACCGAAUGAGAAUUCACCUUGCACGAUAGACGGACGGCAGGCAUUCUAUUGGACUUUGAAUUGUUGGUCCAUAGGGACGGAACGCUUUUGAUAGAUUUUCUUGGAGAGGAUGGAAACCGACGAGAGCCUGGGUGCAUACCUAAGGACUUCAACCAUAAGACUUGACCAGCCUAUUCCCUUACUGUUUAUAUUGAUUGUUCAACAUUGUAUAUGAAGAGGGGCCGAUCAUGCGCGCUCCUUCUGAUCGCGUGACACUGUCUCUUGAGUCAUGAAUUUCAAGCUCGUGUAAGGCAGCUCUGGCCUUGUUG